CGUGAUAGUGUCGCACCCGUCUCGUAGAUGCUGUCGCCUGGAUUGGGAGUGGAGUUGCAUCGCGACCGUCCGACAUAUUCAACGAUUCCCGCAACAUUAGACCAACACUAUUAUGACUGUCUCACAAGUGCAGCACAGCAUCCGAUAAGCGUUGCACUUAAUUACACCGGAAAUGUACAUGCAUUUGAACGCGCUGCACGCGGGAUUAUAAAUACACAACCGAUGCACAAACAGCUCGCUAAUCCAGUUGUGAAGUUUGACGCUACUAUUCAGGCCCGCCCACGAUGAACUCGCCCCGAAGCGUUAUUGUGUUUUUGGCGAUUCUUAUAUUGUGCCACGCCAGAAGAGCUAAAGCUUGUAAUGGUGGCUAUGAGUUGAUCCUACACAGCAUCGACAACUGUGCCGGAGAGGGACAGGUCGUGACGAUCGAUCCCAAGUCAACCGUCUCACUGACGGAGGAUUGCAAGGUGAAGUCGAAAGCUACGGCACGCACCAUUGGAUUCAAGAAGGCUCAGAUGGAUGUAACCAUCACCAAGAACGGACUGCCAGUCGUGAAGGAAUCGGUAGACAUUUGUGCGAAUCUGGAAGAUGCAGCCAACAAUAAAGAGGCGGCCGAAAUCAUCACUAUGUUUGGUGUGCCGGAUCAUUGUCCGGUGGCGGCGAGUGAAAUUCGUACCGACGAGAGUCAAACCUACAGCUUGGAGAAGUACAAGCAUCAUCUGCUGGUAGCGCAAGGUCGAUCGAUCAUCGAUGUACUGGUGAAACAUGAUAAGGGCGAAAGCUGCUUCAAGAUCGACUUGGAGGUAACUGCUCCAAAUCUUGUAGGUUAGAGAUUUAAAUAUCGCGUAGUACUUUUCGGUGUUUUAGUUGCUCUUUGCUACAAAUAAAAAUGGGAAUCUAGUACUGCAAAA